GCCCCGGGUGCCACCAGACUGCAAGUCCACUAGCAUUACGCGGCUGCAUUAGGGUCUCGCACACCGCCCGGGGAGCAACCGGGCCCUCCCUGUGACAUUAGGGUCUCGCGGGCAACCGAGUGACAACCGGGCACUUCCCUGAGACAACCGGGCCUUCCCGCUUUAGGGUUACACCAUUGCGACUAGCAACCGAGCAAGUCCUUUUAGUUUUAGUGUAUGCCCGGGGAUUCCCUGUGUCUCUAGGACACUGGAUACCAACAGUGUCAUAGGCCCGAUUUGUCCGCCAAUCGGGGAUUAUCAUCGGACCUAUUUGUCCCUUGGAUUUCGACUUUUAUACCUCAAUCUGCAUGAACGUUUUGAGUCUGUCUAACCGCGUUUGACGGGUGGGACUUCGUUAGGCCCAGCAACUGAGCCGACCUGUUCACACAUGACCUGGUUAAAGCUGGUAACCUGCGCCUGACCGGGAGAGCUGUGCUUCUCAAUAUUGUGUGCCACAUUCCACUUGAGUCUUGAGAGAAGUGAAGGCGAUCCUAUUCACGUAGAUUGAAGAAAGGCUAGCGCUUGGGACCUGCACAUGUCAAUGGCUAUGGUUGCUGCGGCUGCUGCUGCCCCUGCUCUGGCGGCUUGAUCCUCACGCGGCAUUGGGCAGGGUGCCACGAUGUACGGCCCCAGCCGCACGGUGUCGGGCGUUGCAGAUGUGGACGCCCUGUCCAGCAGCCUCAAGGGCCUCCCAGUGGAAGCGGCAUUCACGCAGGUGACCAACUACCUGCGGCUGCACCGGGAGCAGGCCAAAGACUUUUUCCGCAUCUGCUUCCCUGUGCUCCUCCAAAGGAUCUUUGGCUUUGAGGACCACCCCACCGGCGGGCCAGUCGCUGCGCCUGCACCAUCAGCAGGCGGAUGGCUGCAGCAGGCCUCCAUCGCCGGCAAGGAGGGGGAGGCGCGCGCCCUGCUGACCUGCCUGGACCCUGGCGCCGCGCUGUUCCAGUCGCUGCUGGCGGUGGACCGCGCCACAUCGGUGCGCUUUGUGUUCCCCCCCGCGCGCCUGCCCGACUGGGUGCGCCGCCUGCUGGCCUCCUCCCAGGGGGCGCAGCUGCUGGCGGAGCAGGCGCCGCUUUUCCAGGGGGCCAUCAUGCAGGACGCAGCAGGCCGCUUCCAGGUGCACCUGGGCCUGUGCCAGUACUUUUUCUUCUGGUACGCCUACUACGUCGUCUGCAAGGACACCGCCACCUCCCGCAACACGCGCCAAGCGCAGGCGCAGGCCGCACAGGGCCACUUCCCCGCUCGCCGCCUCGACCCGUGGCCGUCUCUGAAGCUGCCCGGCCUGCCGUCCCCCUCCGCUGCCCCCGCGGCCCCCUACCGCGACCUGCUGCGCCGCUACCUGCGCCACUUUUUGCCCUACUCCGCGCCCGCCAUGCUCGCGCCACCGCCUCCCGCCAGCCCCCUCCGCCAGCUCAGCCGUCUACCCUCGGGGACCCCCGAAGCGCGCACGCCCCAGGCUGCCAGCGAGCGCGCUGCGCCCCUCUCCCCUGGCGACAUCCUGCUGCACACACUGCUCACCUUCUGGCUGCGCGACGGCGACCCCGCCCCCUUCUCCGCGGCGGACCAGCGUUUCCUCCCCGCCCCCUACGGCGGCCCGGCCCCCUUCUCGUACCCCCCCGCGGGGAGCGACCUGCUGGACUGCCUGCUCAUCCUGGUGUCGUACAUCGACGCCAACCCGCAGCUCGCCGCGCUGCAAGCACAUCCCCCGCCCGGCCCCCGCGGCGCGGCCCGCCCCACCUUCGAGCGGGCCUUCAGCGGCUCCUUCCGCAGUCCGCUUCCUGGGGGCCCGCAGCCCGGCUUCGUGGCCCCCCCCCUGCCCCCUGCGUCGGCGGCGCUGCAGCGGCCGCUGUAUCGGCUGAUCUUGCGGGCGCUGCUGACGUGGCCCGUCCAGAACGGCGGGCUGGCCAAGAUCGAGAAGCUGGUCGACGUGUGGGCGCGCCACCUGCAGCCCUGGGCGGCGGCCGCACAGCAGCAGCAGCCCCCCCGCCACGCCGGCUUCCACCUGCAGCGCGCGCAGUCGGGCGAGGGGGGGCAGGCAGGGCAGGCCCCCGCGCCCGGGUACGGCGUCAAAUGGCAGGGGUACGUGCUGGCCAGCUACGCCUUCUACAACCCGCUGGUGGUGCACCUCCUCGAGUGGGCCUGCCGCGCGGGCCAGGCCGACGCUGCCGCCACCGCACGCAUCGUGAGCAAGGUGGUUGGCGCGCUGCAGUCGCCCCCUCUGGUGGAGCUGCUGCGCAAGGUGGAGGCGGCCUACGCUGGCCACGUGGCAGCACGGCAUGCUCCGGGGCAGCAGGCGGACCUUUGCAGCAGCCUCGAGGAACAAAUGCGGGACUGGGAGAGCGGGCUGGUGCAGCCGGCCCCGCUCCUGGGGGGCAUCACGCCUGCUAGCGCGGCCCCCCGGCUGCGCCUCUUUGCUGCAAAGGACGACGGCGGGCCGCGCCUCCUGCAAGGCCUCGUGCACCGAGUGCAGUCGGAGGCUCCGAGGGGCGGUGCGCCGGCCGGCAGCGUGAAGGAGCUUGCUGCGCUGGCCAGUGCGCUGCUCUCCGCAGCGGGGCAGGAGGCGCGGGGGGCAUCGCCAGGAGGAGCAGGGGCGCAGCCGCAACAACGCAGGGACGCUCCUGCCGGCAGCGCUCCCGCGGCCGGCUCCGAGCAGUCUGGCGGGCCCAGUGGUCGCCGGCGGCCGCCUGUGGGGCUGCAGCGGCACAGCUGGGCGGAUGCGCACUACAAGGGCGACUGGAUGCGGCGGCCGCUCGAGUCGGGGGAGAUCGGGUGGCUGGUGCGCGGACUGGUGCGCGCGUCUGACGCUCUCAACGAGGCACUGCAGCUGGGGCCGCAGGCGGAGGCGAGGCUGGGGCAGGCGACACGAGGGGAGGCACGAGAAGGGAGCACAGAGACGCGAAAAGCGCCGGAAGGAGACGGUGAUCGGGGCCGAGGGCCGGGCAGGGCCGGGGAGAGCGAGCGGGGAGAUGGGGGCGGGGGGCAAAGUGGCGAGGGAGGGGAAGGACGGACCGCGAGGGAAGGGGGGGCUGACGCUGGACAAGCAGCCCAACGAACGGGCGGUGCUGAACAGACUGGAGAUGAACGGCGGGGCUACAGCGACGCGGUGCCGCUGCCCGUGAUUGCAUACCAAACGUGGCAAGAGGUGCGGGGGUGGGCGGCGAAGGUCGGGCGGAGCGCCGCGGGGCGGGCGCACCGGGCGGCGCUGAAGCGGCAGUGGCGGGUGAACCUGCGGCCGCUGGGGGAGGUGCAGAGCCUGGUGGUGCUCACGCUCCUGCUGGGCCUGGCCUGGCUCCUGCGACAGCUCGUGCGAGCCGUCUCAGGGUGACGAACGGGCGGGGGAGUGCGCGGCCGCCACGCAAGGGGAUAAUGGAGCAGCGCCGAGGCGCACCUCCUCAAUGCUUUCAAUGUAGCAGGGGUGAAUUACGCAGUCUGGAUACUCUCCGGCGUAGGAGUUGUGUCUAGGCUCGUGCCUUUGACACCCCGUCUGCAUACGAUUCUGUUGAAGCUUUGACGACUAGAAGUGGGUUCGUAGAAGCGGGGUGGACGGGGUUUGGGGCCAAUAAUCAACAUUCAAGCCCGCUGCUUUGGGAGCAGCUCGCUUGUCAAGUUCAAACCGUAACCAGCAUCUGGUAACGUAUGGUCGUUCGGGCGGCACGGUACAUGCAUGGCUGGUGUAGCCUUCAUAAAGACGCCUUCAGCCUACUUGUUUUGUGAACAAUGGACGCAAGCGGCGGCAUGUGCCCUCUGACUCUUCUAAAAUUGAGCAACGUGCAUCAGCAGGC